AUGGCAGCUGGCAGUGGUCCUAAAUCCUUAGCAGGACAAGAUUCACGUAAGGUGCAUUGGACAGUUGGGCACGCGACGUCAGCAAUUUUAUCUCGUACUGCGUCAGUGAAAGCGGUUGAAGAGACGAGGAAGCAAGUGUACUUAAAGGACAUCAAACAGGAUGGGGAACUGAAAGGGUUUGUCAUGUUUAUGCGGUCAAGGUUGUCGGUCUUGCCGGUGUCGGAGAAGGUGUGGGAGAUGGUUUGUGAAUUGGGAAAUGCGUUCCAAGGGGAUGGCUUUGACAUCGGGAAGGAUGAUGCAGAGGUUUAA